AUGACUGGAGGCGGCAAGUCCGGCGGCAAGGCCAGCGGUUCCAAGAACGCGCAAUCCCGUUCGUCCAAGGCUGGUCUCGCUUUCCCCGUCGGUCGUGUCCACCGUCUGCUCCGCAAGGGCAACUACGCCCAGCGUGUCGGUGCUGGUGCUCCCGUCUACCUGGCUGCCGUCCUUGAGUACCUCGCUGCUGAGAUUCUCGAGUUGGCUGGCAACGCCGCCCGUGACAACAAGAAGACCCGUAUCAUCCCCCGUCACUUGCAACUCGCCAUCAGGAACGAUGAGGAGUUGAACAAGCUUUUGGGCCACGUUACCAUCGCCCAAGGUGGUGUCCUGCCCAACAUUCACCAGAACCUGCUGCCCAAGAAGACCGGAAAGACCGCUGGUGGCAAGAACGCAAGCCAAGAGAUGUGA